CUCUUGUCCCGUUAGCUAGCGCCAGGUCCAUCGCCUGAAAACUCCUUGUUCGAGGAGACGCGAGGCCGCCCUGACAACAGACCCACCUAGCGAUUCACUCUGUCUUUACGAGUCGACAACCGUUAAAAAGAAGAAAGCACAGCUCUUUUAGUUUUAGCUAGCUAGCUUUCCGUCUCUCACGGUUUUAUUCAACCCCCUCUAUAGAUUCUUUACCAUGGCGGCGAGUGCGAAGAGAAAACAGGAGGAGAAACACCUGAAGAUGCUGAGAGAAAUGACGAGUUUGCCUCCCAAUAGAAAGUGCUUUGACUGCGACCAGCGAGGCCCGACCUACGCCAACAUGACUGUGGGUUCCUUCGUCUGUACCUCCUGCUCUGGCAUCCUACGAGGACUGAAUCCACCCCACAGAGUCAAGUCCAUCUCCAUGACAACCUUCACGCAACAGGAAAUCGAGUUCUUACAGAAACAUGGCAAUGAGGUUUGUAAACAGAUCUGGCUCGGUCUUUAUGAUGACAGAACCUCUUCAGUACCAGACUUCAGAGAACCACAGAAAGUCAAGGAGUUCCUACAAGAUAAAUAUGAGAAAAAGAGAUGGUACGUGCCUCCUGAGCAGGCCAAGGUAGUGGCGUCAGUCCAUGCUUCCAUCUCUGGCUCCUCAAACAGCAGCACCAGCAGCACCCCAGAGGUUAGACCACUCAAGUCUCUGCUGGGGGAGUCGGCACCGUCUCUACACCUCAACAAGCACACCCCACCAAAUCAGUCUCCUGUAGUGAGCCGUGGACAAACCCAGCAGCAGCAGCUCCAUGACAAGAAAUAUGACCUCCUCAGUGACUUGGGUGGUGACAUCUUUGCUGCCCCGCCCAACAUGAAUGCAGGCGCCAGCUCCAGUUUUGCUAACUUUGCACACUUCAACAGCCACACAAUGGCACAGAAUACCAAAGGAGAGGCAGACUUUGCUAAUUUUGAUGCAUUCGGGAACACUUCUGGGUCGACAGGUGGUUUUUCCUCUGCACCCCAAGCCCCAUUUCAACCCCCAAAUACAGCGUUCACUGUGCUCUCAUCCAGCCGCAGUAUGGGUAGCGCCUCAGGGGGACUAGCAAAUGCCAGUUUUGCAAAUUUUGAGAACUUCCCCAAAUCGUGUAGUGCUGACUUUGGAUCCUUCAGUUCCUCCUCCCAGAGUAACUCCACAGGAGCUGGCAGAGACGUUGUACAGAGUACUAACAUUUCCGCCGAUAAAUACGCAGCCCUGGCUGACCUGGAUAACAUAUUUAGCUCUGCCAAAACAGAGCCAGGAGGUGGUAUUCCUGGUGGGGUGAGCUCAGCAGCAGCAGCAGCAGCAGGAGUGGGUGGUUUGCCUCAGAAACAGCCAGCAGGUGGAGACCGCUAUGCUGCUCUAGCUGAGCUUGAUACAGUCUUCAGCACCUCAGCACCUGCCACCAGUGUUUACAAUACCACCAGCACCUCACAAGGGAGUGUGUUUGGCUCAGAGACGGGAGUUUCAACAGCACAAAUACAGCAGGCUGUGCCCAGCAUGGCUCAGGGUUUUGGAGCACACCCAACCAAUCCAUUUGUAGCUCCUGGUGUUGUCCCAGCAGCAGCUCCAACCAACCCAUUCCAGUGCAAUGGCAGAGCAGCAACUGUUGCAGCUGCAGCAGGCUUGAUGAGGGUUCUUCAUUGGCAUGGGUAUCCUCCCACCUUUGCACCAUUUGGCACAGGCUCCAUGAGUAUGCCAGCUGGAUUUGGGAAUACUGCAGCCUUCAACCUCCCCACCAGCUUUAGUGGAACAUUCCAGCAACCCUUUCCUGGUCAGGCUCCCUUCCCUCAGCCUCCCGCGUAUCCCCAGCAACCCAACGGUGUGUGUCAUGUAGACAAUAAUGGCUAUGGUGGAGGAUUUCCAGCCUUCGGCCAGGCCAAGUCUGUUGCAACUCCUUUUGGGCAGGCAAUGGCAGGACCUAUGGUCUCUAGCAACCCUUUUCUGGGUGCGGGUCCACCUGCACAGUAUCCAGCUGGAGGCUCUUCCACAAACCCCUUCUUAUAGCGGUCCAUCAUGUCAGCUGCACUACAGGGUCAACAACUGGCACGCUUGCACCUAUUGCACUGUUUUUGUUUCACAAGUAGCUUUAAAAACACAAUGUUUGUAAGAAUUUGUAUUUUCUAUCGCAGUUUGUCAUAAAUGGAACAAUAUGCGACACAGUCGUGCUGACACUGUCGAAGGCUACAAAACAGUGAUGGUGUGUGCAGAGGGGGAGGUCGAUGCACUCCCCUUUAUUUAACCUGUGAACUAGCCUGGCCUCUACUGAGCCACAAUGUAAAAUCAAACUGGUUGAAAACUAAGUUAUUGCAUACAGUAUAUCCCAUUCAUUAUGCUGCAAUUCUGUACAUUUUUUUUUCUUUUAGGAAAUUAGCUCUUUGUGCAUAUCAGUAUUUGUAUCUAACACCCAGAAUUUGCUAAGACAGAACUGUUGCUUUGAAAAGCUAAUGGGUACUGCCAGUUACUGUAUUUGUAAAGAACCAAACUAUUUGUGCAGGACCCUUUUAGAUAAACUGUUCUCACUAAGGAAAUGAAUAUAUUCUGUUGUCAAGGUGGGGUUAGGGUUAGCAGGACUGAAUGCUACAUCAGGGAUGGGUGGGGUGGGGGGCUCGUUUCUCUGUUGUCUCCGCCCUGCUGACAGAGUUGCAACACUUUAAAUGACAGUCAGAAGAAAUGGCUGAUGAACUGAAAACCACUUACUUGCAUUGGGUAUUAAAAAAGUUUAAGUUAAGGUGUAAAUAUAUACAGUAUAUAUAUUAAAAUGAAUUUUAAGUAAAAAGAAACAACCAAAGCAUUCAUUUAUAUGGAUGUAUGAAACAUUCUUUUAUUGUUUUUGUACAAAAAAAAAAAGAUUUCUAUUCAUCAUGUUGAAGUAAGUAAUUUAAAUACUUUUUUUCUGUUACUUAUGAACUAAUGUGAGGUCAAUUUAGGGAUGGGAAACCGUAACUGACACACUAUAACGCUCGAUACGUGUUCAGAAUCUGUGUUCUUCGCUGCCUGGAGUUUCAUCUUUGUCUGGAGGAAUUGUCUCUUUUCUGCUUCUUUGUGCUCACCAAAUACUGAACAGACCCCGAAGUAAAAAAACAACAGAGAUAACCAAGAAGUAGCUGGAAUACACGGUGAACUGCAAAGAAGAGUACAUGUUUAAAAGGUUAAUGACACUAAUGGACAAAUAAACAGUGCUGCUGUACAUA